CUCAGAGAUUUUGUAAUUAAUAUCUUGUCUCCAUGGUUUGUUCAGGUGAACCAAUUGCUUCAGGUUUCUGAGAAGUGCCAGAGCACAAUCGUUCAAAGUGGACCAGAUGGGAUUCUUCAGCAUGAUUUGCAGGCAAAUAGCAACAUGGUCAUGGCUGCUGGACGCCAACUAGCGAAAAGCUUGGAGUCACAUUCGCUCAAUGACAUGGGCUUUUCCAAACGAUAUGUUCGGUGUUGUAGGAGAUGGAUUACAUCCCUCCACAAGGCCCAUCAAAUAACAGGCCCUAGCCCGACAAAGUCGAUCGAGCUUAGUCGGCUUAGCGGCUAGAGCUGUCGGCUCGACCCUAGAGUACUUUAAGCCGGUCAGCUAAGCCGAUCAGCUAUACUCGACUUGGACGAAACAGUACCAAGGCCCACAUACUCGGCCUUUGGGCGACAAGGCCCAAAGGACAGGCGCGAUUAGGGCAUCACGCACAAGGGCACUAUAAGAGAGAAGGAGGAGGCAACGAAAGGAGGACUUUUUGGACACAUCACACACUAAGCGGCUAGAUUUAGGGUUUCCUAAUCAUCUCUUUGAUCUUGUCGUUUAAACCUUUGAUCUUGUCUCCUUACCUUUGAUCAGUCUUGUAACCCAUUGUGUUGAUUCUAAUAAAAACGUCUUUAGUCACCCCAUUUCCUAAGUUCAUCAUUCUAAUCAACCGAAUCCUGUACAAACAAUUGGCGCCCACCGUGGGGCAGACUAAAGCAACGUUCUAGAUCUACAUGGCUCAAGACGACGCCGCCUUCGGCGCCCCAGGCGAGGAACCGACGCCUACGCCUGCGGCCGCGCCGCCCAUCACCUCAGAUUUCAUGAACUCCGUCAUGGCUCGACUCGCUCGCCAAGACGAAGUCCAAAAGACAACCAACGACCAACUCGCUGCGUUGGUCGCGGCGCUCACAGCUCCUGAGGGACAAACGAGCCGUCCCCAGCAGAUACGCCGCCGCCUCUUCAACACAAACCCUACGGCAACCGGAGUCGACCAUAUCUCUGACGACUCGGAGCCUAACGAAGCCCUUCUCGCAGACGCUCUCCCAGCAGGCUCAGAUCUCACGACAAUACGCGAGCUCGCCGAGCUCAAACUCAGCCUUCAACAAAUGGGAGAGAAGAUCCACCAAGUAACCAGCGCAGCUCCGCAAAUAGAGAGUGUACUCGCCGCAACCUCGCGUACUCCUUUUACUCGCGCGCUAACUAGCGUCCAACUCGGAAAGAUAGAAAAGCUGCGCUUACCCGAGUAUAAGCCCGGCGGAGACCCGGUGGAGCAUAUGAUCGCUUUUAACAUCGCCAUGGCGCGAGCUCGACUCCCCGACGACGAAAGGGACGCAGGUUACUGCCAGCUGUUCGUCGAGACUCUCCACGAGCAAGCCCUGACAUGGUUCUCCCAGUUGGAAGAGAACUCAAUCGGAUGCUUCUGCGACUUAUCAGCAGCUUUUCUCAAGACAUACAUCAUGUUCACAAAGCGCAGCGCCACCGCAUCCAGCCUAUGGAACCUCAAUCAGAAAAAGGACCAGAGCUUGCGCGAGUACAUGGAGAAAUUCAAAGCCGUAGUGUCGAAGAUUGAGAUCCCAGACGGAAUUGCUAUCGACGCCUUGCGCAACACCUUGUGGGUCCACUCCAAGUUCCGAGAAGACCUGUACCAGAACCCAACCAAGUCGCUCCAAGACGCUAUCGCACGCUCCGAUAACUUCAUCCGAAUGGAGGAGGACACCAACGCAAUCCUCAGCAAAAUGAGCGCGCCCAAGGCUCCAGCGGCUAAGAACGCAAAUGCGCGACAAGAACCGCGCCAACACGCUCCAAACGACAAAAACGGUCGCAAAGACGGUUACAUGUAUGUCGUUAACGAGAAUAACACACCAAUCUCCACUCUCGUAGUUCGCGGGGAGGGGUGGAACAAGUGGGUAAGAGAACUCGAGUCGUCCGACCAAAAAGUCGAUUCUGUUUGCACCACCCAACCCGCAGCGGGAGCCAGAUCAGCAGCAGGUCCUUCCCGGACUGUCGACCUCACCAAACAUUGCAAGUAUCACGACGUCAAAGGACACGAUACCUCAGAAUGCAAAUCUCUCUACGCACAUUACCUCUCGUCCCUUGCAAGCGGCGAGUUUAAGUUUGAGCCAUUGAAAGCCAAACCAAAGAACGGCAAGAGCUGGAGCAAGAAUAAAGAAAGAAGGGCCCAGCGCAAAGCCACUGGCAAAGGCCGACAAAACGACGCUCCGCAACGAGACGACGAGGAUGAAACCCCAAGGGAUAACGGCGGGGGAGACUCCUCAGCCGACGAAGAGCAUCCGGCUAAUCGCAGACGCAUUGAGGUUAUACUCUCUCAGCAAUCCUUGUCGUCCGACGAAGAUAACGACGAUUCGCCUGUACUCGGAGACCUGAGAGACAGCCUUAAACGGAAGCUCGAACCGGAAAAUGGAGGCGAUCCACUCGCAGAGAUCUCCGGACGAUGCUGGAUGCACGGAAGUCUCGGCGCAUCUCGACAAGCAAUGGCAACAACAACGAAGGUCCAAUUAGCGACCUCCGAGAUAAACUCAAUGCCAGAGCAGGCGAUCUCCGCGUAA